AUGGGGUUCAAGUGCAGCCUAACAGGCCUCCUCACGCUGACCCUAGCUACUAUCUUCGCUGUGCAAGUGCUGCCCCAAGCCCGUGCUGCGCUAUACACGGACCCGUCCGCUCUCCCCGCUCACAAGGAGUAUGAUUACAUCAUCGUUGGUGCAGGUCCUAGUGGAAGCGUCCUCGCGAGCCGACUGACAGAGGACGCCCGCACAAAUGUCCUACUCAUCGAGGCCGGCCCCAACGAUGCGGGCGAAUUAUCGCUCGAGAUUCCUUUCCUCGCCGCGCAGCUGCAACCUAACAAGGAAUUCGAUUGGAACUACACAACCGUGCCUCAGGCCGGUCUCGUAGGACGCACCGUGCCCUACUCACGAGGUCGUGUCCUCGGUGGGAGCACUAGCAUUAACUUCAUGAUCUACACUCGCGGGUCUAAGGAUGACUUUAACAACUACGCAGCUCUGAGCGGAGAUGACUGGUCAUGGGACGCGCUCCAGCCGUACUUCAAGAAACUUGAGAACCUGGUUCCUCCCGUCGAUGGGCACGACACGUCCGGAGAGAUCCUCCCAAAUAUUCACGGCACGUCAGGACCACUCAAAAUCAGUCUCCCCGGGGUGCCGCUCCCAUCAGACCCGCGUGUCAUCCAGGCCACACAAGAGUUGCGCAGCGAGUUUCCCUUCAAUGUGGACAUGAGCUCCGGAGACCCGCUGGGUAUCGGCUGGUCCCCGGGCACGUUUGGGGGUGGGGCGCGCGUGAGUGCCUCGGUGGCAUACCUCCAGCCCGUUCUGGGGCGAAGAAACAUGGACGUACUUGUCAAUACUACCGUCACCAAGCUCAUCCAUACCGGCACUGAGUAUGGCCAACCUGUGUUCCGCGAAGUACAGUUUGCACAAUCCAGCAGUGCACCUAUAUUUGUUCUAAAAGCUAUCAAGGAAGUUAUACUCGCCGCCGGAGCCAUCAACACCCCACAGCUACUCAUGCUCUCUGGGAUCGGAUCUGCCCAGACCCUGCGUUCGCUCCGUAUCAAGCCCGUCCUCGAUCUCCCCGAUGUCGGCCAGCACCUCGCAGACCACCCCUUGGUGACCAGUCAAUUUGGAGUCACGCAGAGCAGCGACGACAUAAUCGACAACUUUUCUCGCAACGCGACGUUCGCGGACGCGCUCCUCCAGCAGUGGCUAUCCGAGAGGCAGGGCGUCAUGACCCUGGACGGGCAGACCCAGAUCGGCUGGCUUCGCAUCCCUACAAACGAUAGCGCGUUCGAUGGUACUCCGGACCCUAGCACAGGCCGCCUCUCUCCGCACUAUGAGCUAUUUGUCGUACCGGGCUUCAUGUCGUCCAGCGGAACGCCGACCCCGGCCGCCGGUUUCUUUAACACCUUCCUCACAGCUCUAGUCACUCCAACGUCCCGCGGCUCUUUCACGCUCGCGUCGGAUGAUCCCUUCGCAGCGCCCGUAGUCGACCCGAACUUCCUCAAUACGCCGUUCGAUAUCGCCGCAAUGCGCUUUGCUGUGCGUUCUGCGGUUCGACUCGCAUCCGCGCGCGCUUGGAGGGAUUUCCUCACGGGGCCCGCGGCUGGCUUCGCGGAGGUCGAUAUACACGACGACGAUGCUGUAGACGCUUGGGCGCGCACGCAGGCGUCCACGAUCUUUCACCCGGUUGGUACCGCGCGCAUGGGCAAGUGCGGGGAUGCACACGGGGCGGUGGUGAAUCCGGACCUGACUGUCAAAGGCGCGCGCGGCCUGCGCAUAGUCGAUGCGAGCAUUUUGCCCCUCAUCCCUGCAGCACACCCGCAAGCUGCGAUAUACGUUUUCGCAGAACGGGUGGCAGACCUGAUCAAGAACGGGACAGGAAGAUGCGAGUGA